AUAUACUUUUAAUUUAUUCAUUCAUUUAUUUAAUUAUAAAUUAAAUAAUUAAUUGAGUCAAGGAUUUCUUAAUUAUGAAAGAAAGUUAAUAAAGAAUAUACAUACAUACCUACCUUUAUUGUUUUUAAGUUAAUAUUUUGCAUUCAUUUUUGUAUGACAAUUAUCAAUUUAUUUAAUAAAAUAAUGCUAAUUAUUUCAUUCAUUAUUUAAACACAACAAAUUAAUAUAUCAUUUAGCAGUUCUUAAUUAAAUAAAGGCAAAUAAUAUAUACAGAGAGAAACAGGAAGAAACAAACAAAGAAAGAAAGAAACAAAUAAACAAACAAACAAAUAAUCAAUCAAACAAACAAACAACAAAGAAACGUUUAUUUUUUAUUUAUCAAGCAAGAAAGGAGAAGUCCAUUUGAUUAUCAAAACGAAAAAUAUUAAAGCAUCAUUAAGGAUAUAUAGAAAACAAAUUAGACAUAUCACAAUUGCAAAUAGGUGAGAAGCCAUGAGUUCGGAGUAGGAUAAAAACCAAACAAGUAGCAAGGACUCUAAUGAAAAUUAAAAUGAGACUUAGCAAGAAGGUAAAAAGGCAGUAAAUAAAAAAGGAAGCUAAAAAAAAGAUAAAAAUGGAUCUUCGGCAAGUGCACAAUAAGAUAAAGCUAGCAAAGAGAAUGAAAAUGAAGAUCUAGAUAUGAUAAAUGAAAAUUCUGAUAAUUAGCAAGACAAUAUAGAUUAGCAUGAAAAAGAUGAAGAUAAUAGAAACUAAUCAGGUGAAAACAAUUCUUUUUUCAAGUAAUCGCAAGAGGAAACUGAAAAUUAGAAUAACUAAAACGAAAGCAAUUUAUAGCGUAGAUUAUCUUCAAGAAAGCGUAAAGAAAAACAUAUUGACGAUAUGGAUUUUGGAUAUAGAAAGGCAGUAACUCCUGUUAAAAAAAUUAAGAAAAGCAAGUCAGCAGACCCCAAAGCUAAGAAGGAAUAGCCUUAAAAGAAGAAAGCUCCCUAGGUUCAAAAGUAAUAGCAAGCUUAAUCUGCUUAGCAGUAGGAUACUUCUAUAAAUUAAUAAUAAAACUAGCAAAGUGCACAGAAAUAAUAAAAAACACCUAUCAAGCAAGAUAAAAAAGGUAAAGAAGUGAAAAGGGAAAAUAAAACUCCUAUAAAAAAUGAAAAAGCUGAAAAGACUUCGAGUGAAGGUAAAGGAUAAGAAUAAAAAAGCGAAUCAUCAGUUAAGAGAGAUAACAAUAAAAGGCCAAAUCUUUUUAAAAAGACAAAUAGCAGUGCUUUGGCAGCUGCUAAAAGCAAUGAGAAAAAGCCAACUUAAUAAAAUUAAAGCUCAAUAUUGAAUUAUAUGAAUAAUUCUGCUUCGAAAAAAUAGAAAGACAAUUUAAGUAUAGCAUCAGAUCUUACAGCUUCAACUGAAAAGGAAACAAAGAAUUCAAAGAACACUGUAAGCAAAAUCAAAGAAUAAAUGAAAGAAAAAGCAGAAAAGGAAUAGUUAGAGCAAAGAUCAGAAAAUAAAAAGCAUGAUAAGAUAAAGCAAAAGGAAAUCAUCAAACAAGAAAAGCUGUAAAAAAAGUUAGAAAUGAAAAUAGAAAAGGAAGAGAGAGAUAAAAAGAAAGCCUAAGAAAAGCUAGAAAAAGAGUAGCAGUAAUUAGAAGAGCAAAUGUAUAAAAAAGAAAAGAAAGAAAAAUUGAAAAAAAAUCCUAAUAAAAGAAUAUUUAAUCCUUAAGAAUACAAUGAAAAUCUUAAAAAAAAGAUUCAAUUAGAAGGUUAAUUACAAGAACUCUAUGAUUAAUAUGGUAGAAAAUUAGAAAAAGUACAUGAACCUAAGUAAAACUAGACACAUUGGGAUUAUAUAUUACAAGAAAUACAUGAAACUGCAGAAUAUUUUUAGAAGAGGAGAAGUUACUUUAAAUUUUAAACUAGAAAAAUAGCUAAACACUCAGUCACUGCAUUAUCGAAUCUUAGAUAGUCUAAGGAACAAAAAAUAAAAGAAGAAGCAAAGAGAAUUAAAAAAAUAGCUGAAUCCUGCAAUCAAAUGGUUUAAAGAUAUUUCUGGAGAAGCAUGCAUAAAGUGAAAAAAUUCAUGAAAGUUAUUGAAUACUAAAAGGAGUAAAAAGAAGAUUAACAAAAACGUUUAGAAAAUUUAGUUUCUGAAUAAUGGUAAUUAUCUAUGAAGCUAGCCAAGUUACUUUAAUUAACUAAGGACAUUCCUGAAUUGGAUACUUAAAAAGCAGUAGAAGAAUCUAAGGCCAAAUCAAAUUAAAGAGAUCUUGAAGAAAAGUAGAAAUAAGAAGCAAAAGAAGAGGAGUAGGCUAAAUAAGAGGAAGAAGAAAUUCAGGAUUAGUAGGAAAAUAAAUUAAGUGCUGAAGAAGAAGAAAAAUUGAAAUAAGAAUAAGAAUAACAAGAAUAAUUAGCCAAAAAAUUAUAGGAAAUUAAGAGAGAGUAAGAGGAGAUAGAGAAGGAGCUUAAAAGAAUUGAGGAAUUAGAAAAUGAAUUGCUCUCAAAUGAAGAGUUGGCAAAAGAAUAUAAUAUCAAUAUUUAAUUGAAAAGAGAUGGACUUAAUAAUUAUACUUUUGACAAGAUGCUCUACUCUAAGAUCAAUCCUUCUCCAGUUCAAUCUGCUAACGAUCUUGCUCCUCAGCUUUAAGAAAUCGAAGAGGAAGAAGAGGAAGAAGAAUUAGACAAAUAUGGAAAUAUAAAACUUCCUUUCCAUGAUUUUGAACCAUAAGCUAUUACUUUGAAUGAUGCUACAAUCGUUUAGCCCUUUUUACUGAAAGGUAGACUAAGAGAAUAUUAAUUAAUUGGUUAAAACUGGCUUGCUACAUUAUAAUAGAAGAAAAUGAACGGUAUUUUGGCUGAUGAAAUGGGUCUCGGUAAGACAAUUUAGACUAUAUCUCUUUUGGCACAUCUUGCUUGCAACAAAGGCAUCUGGGGGCCACAUUUAAUUAUUGUACCAACAAGUAUUCUCAUUAACUGGGAAAUCGAAUUUAAAAAGUGGUGUCCUGCAUUUAAAAUUAUGACUUAUUAUGGAUCCCCAAAAGAAAGAAAAUUAAAAAGAGCAGGUUGGAGCAAAAUGAACCACUUCUAAGUCUGUAUUACUUCUUAUAAAAUUGCAUUACAAGAUCAAAAAAUUUUCAGAAGAAAAAAAUGGUAUUUCAUGGUCUUAGAUGAAGCUCAGCACAUUAAAAACUUUAAGUCUCAAAGAUGGCAAGUAUUGUUAAACUUUCACACAAAGCAUCGUCUCCUCUUAACUGGUACACCAUUAUAAAAUGAUGUUGGUGAACUCUGGUCUUUGUUGCAUUUCCUUAUGCCUAGAAUAUUCGACUCUCACUCUGAUUUUAUGGAAUGGUUCUCUAUUCCUAUGCAGCAAGCGCUUUAGAAAAAUUUACCUAUUAGUCAAGAAAUAUUGAAAAAAUUGCAUUCUAUUCUGAGACCCUUUUUGUUGAGAAGAUUGAAGAAAGAUGUGGAAAAAUAACUUCCCACAAAGACUGAAUAUAUAAUAAAAUGUCCUCUUUCGAGAAGGUAGAGAUAUCUUUAUGAUGAAUUUAUCAGUAGAGACGAUACUAAGAAUUCAAUGAAGUAGUAAGACUUUUUGGGUUUGAUGAAUAUUGUUAUGUAACUAAAAAAAGUUUGUAAUCACCCUGACUUGUUUGAAGCAAGAACUAUUGAAAGUCCUUUUUCUUCAAUGAAGCUAAAGCUAGUUGUUCUCUCUCACUUUUUGUAUAGCACAAAGAGCAGAAUCCCAUUUAAAUUAGAUUUUAUAAAUAAUGAACUCAAUAAAACUGCUUAUAAUAUUUAAAGGGCAAAGAGUCUGAUGCCAAUAGCAGAUGAUUUCUAUGAAAUGAACAAUGUUCUCUUUUCAGAGGAGAACUGGCCUUCUUACAUACCUUAUUAUGCUCAAAGAUGGAGAAUUUUAAAACAAUUUACUAAACAGCAAUCAUUAAAAAGACUCUACAAAUCUAACAGAGCUAGAAUUCAGAGUGAUCAUGUUGUUUACGGCAUAGAUACCAUCGAUUUCCUAACUGUUAAACAAGCUAGAGAUCCUUAUAUUGAAAUGAGUGAAUUUAAAACACUCACAUUCGAAUAAGCUCUUGAUUCUGUAAGAGUUUUAAUCAAUGAAUUUUCUUUUGCUCAGAGAGCUAUAGCUGAACCUCCUGAGGUUAUCAUUACUCCCUUUGAUUCAGAAAAAAAUAAUUACUAUUAAAGAUUUAACAAGACUAUGAAACAAUAAUUAAGUGUAGUUGCUAAAGAAUUCCACUACUGCCAUAUAAGAAGAACUCUGUGUUUCCCUAGUAAAAAAUUGCUUAUGUAUGACUGUGGUAAGUUAAAUACUAUGAUUCAAUUGCUUAAAAAAUUAAAAUAAAGAGGUGAUAAAGUUCUUAUUUUUACACAAAUGUCAAGAAUGCUUGAUAUUUUUGAAAAUGUGCUCAACUUAUUUAACUUCACAUAUGUCAGAUUGGAUGGUUCAACGAAGAUUGAAAAUAGAUAGAAAGUUGUAGAAAGAUUUAAUGGCGAUUCUCGUAUUUUCUGCUUUAUUUCUUCUACAAGAAGUGGUGGUAUCGGUCUUAACUUGACUGGAGCCAACGUUGUCGUUUUCUAUGAUACAGAUUGGAACCCUGCUAUGGACAGAUAAGCUUAAGACAGAUGUCAUAGAAUCGGUUAAACUAGAAACGUCUCUAUUUACAGAUUGAUUUCCGAAUACACAAUAGAAGAAAAUAUUCUUUUAAAGAGUAUUUAAAAGAGAAAAUUAGACGAAUAUAUUAUGGAAGAAGGUAUGUUCAAUACUCAAUUUUAUGAAAAGUUUGAUGUAAGAGGAAUUCUUGGAGGAAUGCUUGGACAAGCUUAGAAAAAAUAAGAAGACAAUAUUGAUAAAUCUUAAAUGGAAAAAAUACUUGAAAAAGUAGAAGAUAAAGAAGAUACUGUGGCUUUGAAAAAAGCUUAAAUGGAAGAAAUUGAAUAUGUCACAGAAGGCGCAGCAGAAGUUGCAGCGAUGGAUAAAGAUGAUGAAGAGUAAAAAGAAAAACAGUUUUCAGUCGAUGUUUAGAAGUUCCCUCCUAUAUUUUAGUAUGGCUUAAAGUAUAUUAAGAAUGAAGAAUAGUUGCAUUAAAAUGAUGGGGAAGACAAGUUUAUGGAUGAUGAUCUAUUUGAUGAUGAUCUUGAUGAAGAAGAUGAAGACGAAGAAGAAGAAAAUGAAGAAGAAAAAAUUAAAUAAACUCCUAUUGAAGAAGACGAUGAAGAGUUUGUGUAUGAAAAUGAAAAUUCUGCUAAGAAAGACGAUGAUGAAGAUGAAGAUGAAAAUAACAGUAUACUUCCUUAGAGAAACAACAAUCCUUCAUUUAAGUAGAGAGGACUCGAUGAGGAUGAUGAAGAGGAAGAAGAAGAGGAUGAAGAUGAAGAAGAAGAAAAUGAUAAAGUUAAAGAAGACGAUGAUAUGGAUGAAGAAGAUUCUAAAUAAGAAGGAUAUUAUGGUGAUAGAAAUAAAAAUAAAUCACCUUCUUCAAGUCCAACAAAUAAAUAAGUGAAAAAAUAAAGCUUUGAAGAAGAUGAGGAAGAGGAAGAUGAAAGUAACGAAGCUGAGACAGGCAGAGUUAGAAAGAAAUCAAAGGAUUCAAAUAAAAGCAUGGAUGAAGAAGAUGAAGAUAAUGAAGAGGAAGAAGAAGAAGUUGAAAUUGAAAUAGAAGAAAAUGACUCUGACUCUAAUAGAAAAUAAAAUGGUUACAAAUAGUAAGAUAAGAACUCUCCUUCUAUACAAAAGAGCAGCCAAGAAACUAAUAAAAAUGAAGGAGAAGCAUUUGAUGAGCAAGAAAUAGAAGAAGAAAUUGAAUCUAACAAAAAUAGUGUAUUAAAAAGUGGAAAGGAUUCUAGUAAAGUAAAGAAGAAAGUAAGAUUCUUAGAUUAGGUUGAAGUUGAAGUUGAAAAAUAAGCUCCUCCCCCUCCACCUGCUUCUAAAUCUAGUAAAAAUGAUGAAGAAGAAGACGAUGAAGAGAAUGAAAAUGAAGAUAUUGAAGAUGAUGAUGAAGAAGAAGAUGUUGAAGAGGAAGAUAAAUUUAACGAUGAAGAUAGAAAAAAUUCUCUCAGAAUA